CUCCUAGACGCUCUCUUUCAAUUUCCUCACCAUUUCUCGAUUUUCGUUGGUAUUCUGCGUUAGUAAUGAACAUGGCGACCAUAACGGAAUCUUUGGAAAGGUCCCUUAAAAACUGUUCUCUGAACCACGAAAGAAGAAGCAGCGACACCGGCGGCGGUGGCGGGGGAGGAGGAGGCCGUGAAGAUGGAUUAACACGGAGGAGGUCUUCGACAUCGGACGAUAACAACAACAGCAGCAACAACAACAAUCUACCAAUCACCGGUUCUGACAGAAGCUUGGAGCUCAACUCCCAUCUCUCUCUUCCUUACCAUUGGGAACAAUGCCUUGAUCUUAAGACAGGGGAGAUCUAUUACAUAAACUGGAGGAACGGGAUGAAGGCAAGGGAGGAUCCGAGGACAGCAGCCCAGUACAGCGGAGGUUUUUACUCAGAGGGAGAAGAGGAAGACGACGAUGACGAGGAAGAUGAUUAUAGCUCGUAUGGCAGUGAAGAGUCGCCAUCGGAGACAUCUCCUUGUUCCACAAGAGAAAGAGGGAAUUGCAACAACAGCAACCACCAUCGGGUAGAGAGAGACAAAGAUAAUGUAUUGGUUGUGGCUGGUUGCAAGAGCUGUCUUAUGUAUUUCAUGGUCCCCAAACAAGUUGAAGAUUGCCCCAAAUGUAAUGGUCAACUUCUUCACUUUGAUCGAUCCGAAAGCAGCUCUCCUUGAAACCAGAUUCGUCUCUUCUUUCUCCUUCAGCUCUCUUAAUUAUCUGGGUUUUCUCUAGUGUGGAAUGGUAA